AUGGCGGAGGGACGCCCUACCGAGGCCGUCGUCGUGGAGAGGCGGACGGGCGGCGGGAGCGAGGCGCCCUGCGAGCUGCAUCUGGAGUGCCGGCCCGCCGGCGCCGGGGAGAUGGUCUCCGUCGGUAUCCUGAGCGAGGCCCGGAACAUGGAGGUCUACGUGGGCGAGGAGUACUGCGGGACCGGCCGGGGAGAGAGCCUGGGCGCUGCCCGGUCCCCGGGCGAAACUGAAAAGGUUACUUUGUACAAAAAGUACCUUAAGUUUGAAUGCCCUGCAGCCUCCUGUAGAAUUAAGCUGCUCUCCAUUGGUGAGAAACAAAGAGUACUCAUCAGUAAAAUAAUUGUACAAGUGAAAGCAGUGUCUGCAAAACUAGCAACUGAUUUUCCUUCACUAGGCUCAAGCAUAGAUCUAGACAGAGUGCAAACUAUAAUGGAGUCUAUGGGAUCUAAGUUGUCUCCAGGUGCUCAGCAACUCAUGGACAUGGUCCGAUGUCAGCAGAAAAACAGUUUACCUCUUGGAGACAAACUUAAUUGGAUCUUUGGGAAAAAUUCAGACUUUGGAGGUGACCAUGCAAUAGAUGGAUUGCGCAGUGCAGCUAUUCAGACAUUGCUAGAUCAAUCAGCCAGUGAACCUUUGCCUGUUAAAAAGCAGUUAACAAGUGAAACAAUAUAUGAAGACGUAAAAAUAAGUCAUGAUCUGAACACACAGGUACCCGAAAGAGGGAAUACUUUUGAUUCUGACAGACUUACUACCCAGCAAAAUACAGUUGACCUCAGAAAUGAUUUUAAAGUCAUGGGAUCUUUGCGUAUGCAGGAACAAGUGAGCGAAACCCCAAAUGUAGCUAAUCCACAGGUGCUUCUUCCUUUUCUUCAAAACUUAUGUAGUCAGGUAAAUCGUCUUCGGCUAAAAGAUGGCGAUAGGCAUUUUGGUAAAAAUGCAGUGACUAAAGAGGAAGGCAUUCAGUGUGUUGGGGUAGAACAACAGCCUAUUUGCUCCUAUUUGGAAAAGAUUAUCUCAAAAAAUAUGGAUCUGAUGGAGAAAAAACUAAUGGACUAUAUUGAUCGCCAAAUCCAGGCUCUUCAGACUCAUAUAGAUAACAAAAUGGUUCUCUUAAUGGACUUGGUUCAGAACUCAAAGCCAAACAAAAUUUCACAAGCGCACUAUGAUUCUAACGAAGGGUUCUCUAAUGGAGAGAGAUAGAUGUAUAUAGAUAUAGGAC